CGUCGUCCUUCCCGACAUUGAUAAGCGUAUCCCGGAGUUUCUGAAUCUCGCCCAACACGAAGCCGCUCCGAUGGGUUGUUUGGUUGAAGAAUUUGUGCUCCUCGUUUGUUGCUGUAUAUGCCUCGCCGCAUCACCAGCCGUCCGUUCGCAAUCGGACGGCGUCGUCGGAGAAUGGCAGCUCCUCACCAAGCUUAACUUCUCUUCUCAGAUCAGACUCCAUCCCCAUAUCCUCCUCAUCGUCACUCUUCCCUGGUCUGGCGAAUCUCGAUCACUCAUGAGAGAAGUGUCAAGUUUUGUCACGAAUAGACACGAAGAGUUUAGCUCCCUAAAAUUAAUGUUUAUGUAUAGAAAUAGAGAGAAAAUGCUAGCGGAUGCUAUUGGUGCUAUGGCCAACGAAAUCACUAUUUUAUACUACCACCAUUCUAUAUCUUACAAGUACCGAGGAAGGCUUCGGGCACAAAACAUUUUAUUUUCGAUUUAUCCACAGAUGUCGGUUUUUCCUGAAGAGCUGCCUCUCAAAUCCCUGAGUACUCCAGCAGAAUUGAAGACAUUCUUGGAUUCAACUGACAAGGCAUUCCUUGUCCUUGAAUUUUGUGGAUGGACUCCUAAGUUGCUGGCCAAGGGGAAGAAGAAUGUUACUGUGAAUGGUUUUGGUGGGCAAGGAUAUCUUCUUGGAACAGACUUUCACGGAGUGACAAACAGAAGGUUGACAUCCAAAGGGAAGAACAUCCAGAAGGGUGUGGAAAAUGCAAAAGUGAUGUGUGACAUUGGUAAUGGGUUUGACCGAGUUCCUUGGCAUGUGGACUUCAACUCCGUAAAUGACAGUUCUUUUGAGGAGACUGAUAAUGUCACGCCUGAUGUGUUAUCAUCUUGUACAUCUGAAGAAUAUCAGCGGUUUGAUUCUUUUUUGUCAAAGUUCAUGACACUUGCAAAAGAUUUCUUUCUACCAUCCGAAAGGUAUAGAUAUGGUCUAGUCUCAGAAAGAUCAUUGCUUUCAACUCUUGGGAUUGGAGAAUCUAGUUCAUGGUUGGCAGUGCUGCACUUUGCUGGAUGCCCAAGUUGUUUGAAGAUUAUAGAGAAAGAGGAUGACCUUAAUGAUGUCUUACAGAUGGAAAAUCCUGUUAUUUCGGAGCUUGAAGGUGAUGGAAAUGCUCUGGAGCCUGUUUUACUUGCUGAUAGGCCAUCCAUACUCUUAUUUGUAGAUCGCUUAUCUUACUCGGUGGAAACUAGAAGCAAGAGUAAGGAAGCUCUUGAUGCCUUCCGGAAACUGGCGCUGCAUAUUUAUAAUUCAUACGAGCUAGGUGAGCAAAAUGGUAACAUGACUGAGAUAUUGUUCCAAGAUUAUCAGGCAUUCAGGAGUACAUCUGGGCCUCCUAAAUUAAAGUUGUCUCCAACAGCUCAGCUGAUCAAAUUUAAGGAAAAGAUGUCUACCAUCACGAUUGUAAAUGAGGGUAAACGAGUCACUUUGGAUCAAAUAAGUUCAGAUCUCGAGGACAGUACCUUGCAUGAGAUAUUGGCAUAUGUUCUUAAGAAAAAGAAGGAAGCGAAACUAAGUUCACUUGCAAAGGAUUUGGGUUUCCAACUUUUAUCUGAUGAUAUUGACAUUAAGUUGGUAAAUAGGUUGCCAUCACAGACAGAAACUCAGUCUGACUCAGUUUCACCAAAAGCAUCCCAGGAAGAUCUUGUUUCAAGGGAUGUUGAUUUGGACCAAGAUCCAUCACUGCAUGGGGCAAGUGUAUCCUACGAGGAGCUUCCAGCAACUUCCGAAAUCAUUGAUGAUCAACUAAAAUCUCAGUAUGAUGUAGAGAAAAUUGAAUAUGUGGAUCGAAGUAUACAGUCAUUUGCAGAAUCUGAACAAUUUGCUUCCAACCAUGAACUUGACAUUGCUGGAGCUGUAAAAGUGAAAGAAACAAGUUCAUUACAAGAGGACAAGUCAGAGGACCAACAGCUUCAAUUUCCAGGCCUAAAGGGAUCAUUUUUAUUUUCUGAUGGUAAUUAUCGAUUACUUCAAGCUUUGACUGGUGGAUCUAAGAUACCAGGCUUGGUAAUAGUUGAUCCUAUUGUGGAGCAGCAUUAUGUCUUUUCGGGGAAGAAUGAUUUAAGCUAUUCUUCAAUGGCUGAUUUCUUCACAAGGUUUCUCAACGGAAGUCUUCUUCCAUAUAAACAGUCUGAAUCUGUUCUUCAGAACCCUGAGGAAGCUUUGCAACCACCAUUUGUUAAUGUGGAUUUCCAUGAGGCGGAUUCCAUCCCUCGUGUUACAAGUAGUAGUUUCUCUGAGAUGGUUCUUGGAUCAAAUCAAUCGGACUCUGAUGCUUGGUACAAGGAUGUGUUGGUCCUUUUUAGUAAUAGAUGGUGUGGUUUUUGCCAGAGAAUGGAAUUGAUUGUUCGUGAACUAUAUCGGGCCACGAGAGGUUAUAUUAGCACAAUCAAAAGUGGAUCAGCUAAUGUUGAAACAAUGUUUCAUGGUGAGAACUUGAAGGAUGUAAAGCUGAAGCUUCCAUUAAUAUAUUUGCUGGAUUGCACACUGAAUGAUUGUAGUUUGAUACUGAGAUCAAUAAAUCAGACAGAAGUUUAUCCUGCUCUGAUGCUGUUUCCAGCAGAAAAGAAGAAUUCUCUCCCUUAUGAAGGGCACAUGGAAGUUACUGAUGUUAUCAAGUUUGUUGCUGAUCAUGGAAGCAACUCUCAUCAUCUUGUCCAUGAGAAAGGAAUCCUGUGGUCUGUAGAUAGAAAGGAGAAAAGGAAACAAAAUUCAUAUGGUACUGCUUCAUUAACCGACAAUCACUAUGAAGUUGAUUCUACAAGGGAUAGAUUGCAUGAAGUGCUAUUAGCAAACCAGACACCUAAAAGAGUGGUCAAACACAACAAGCUCAAGUCUCACAAAUCAAAAGGCUCGCACGGAUCAGCUUCUCAAGUGGUGGCUGGUUCCAUCCUUAUUGCUACUGAUAAGCUUCUAAACACAGAGCCAUUUGGUAAAUCGAAAAUUCUCCUUGUCAAGGCGGAUAAAAGUUCUGGGUUUCUAGGUCUGAUUAUCAACAAGCAUGUGAGAUGGGAUGCUUUGGAUGAGCUGGAAGAAGGGCUGCAGAUGUUAACGGAGGCUCCUCUGUCCUUUGGAGGGCCACUCGUGCAACGUGGAAUGAUUCUUGUUGCUUUAACUCGCAGAGCUAUGGAAGAUCAGUAUCCUCAAGUUUUACCAGGUAUCUACUAUCUUGAUCAAUCAGCCACAUAUCGCACAAUCGGAGAGUUAAAGUCCGGGAAUCAAUCUAUCACUGACUACUGGUUUUUCUUGGGGUACUCGAGUUGGGGUUGGGAGCAGCUAUUUGAUGAAAUUGCUGAGAGAGCUUGGAAUAUAAGUGAUGAUAGUAUGACACAUUUUGCUUGGCCAUGAGCUUAAGGUCUCAUUUAACCCCAUAUAUAUAUAUAUAUAUAUAUAUAGGUUUUCUUGUCGGACACAACAUUUUGCAAGAUGAGGAAAGUACUAAGAAUGAUGGAGAAAAUAGGCCAGCAAACAUGAGCGUUUUAUAUGCAUGUAAUAUUAAGCUGCAGUUGGUUUUCUUCAAAUUUGGGUAUUAAAGUGUCCGACAUUUUUGUGUCUUUAAUUUAACAUACGCAUAUCAUGUUCACUAACUUAUUAACAGGAAUAUUGGAACAAGUGUUAUUAUAUGGAUACUUGGCAUAAUUCCGUUAGUGGUUACAGGAUAUAUAUGACCACCGUAACUGCAUAAUUCCAUAA